UCAGACUUGAUGAUGAAGUCGACGGAGCUUCCUUCUCCUUUCCACUUCACAUACAAUAUAAAAUUGAAUUAACAAUUCUAGGACUUUGGUUUCUAGAGAGAAAUACAGACGACUGCAAUUAGAGUUUGGGUGCUGCUAUAGAUCUCUCUCUCUCUCUCUUUGAGAUAGCCUUCCGAGUUGCGCAAGAGUGAACAUCGACAAAGGAAAUGCACGCCAAGACAGAUUCAGAGGUAACAAGUCUCUCCGCAUCGUCGCCGACGAGGUCCCCUAGAAGGCCCGUCUACUACGUGCAGAGCCCAUCACGAGAUUCUCACGAUGGCGAGAAGACGACUACAUCUUUCCAUUCCUCGCCGGUGCUCAGCCCCAUGGGCUCACCUCACCAUUCCCACUCCUCGCUCGGUCGUCACUCUCGUGAAUCCUCUACCAGUCGAUUCUCCGGAUCCCUCAAACCUGGGUCGCGGAAGAUCACGCCCAAUGACGGAUCUCGAGGGGGUCAGCGCAAGGGACAAAAGCCGUGGAAGGAAUGCGCCGUGAUUGAAGAAGAGGGCCUUCUGGAAGAGGAAUCCACCGAAAAGAGUCUUCCCCGUCGCUGUUAUUUCCUCGCUUUCAUUCUUGGCUUCAUUUUCCUUUUCUCUCUCUUUUCCUUGAUUUUGUGGGGAGCCGCUCGUCCUCAGAAGCCUAAGAUCACCAUGAAGAGCAUCACAUUCGAGCAAGUAGUGAUUCAAUCCGGUACGGACUCUACAGGAGUGGCAACGGAUAUGGUCUCCUUGAAUUCCACUGUUAAGCUCACUUUUCGCAACACUGCGACGUUCUUCGGAGUGCAUGUAACAUCAACGCCUCUAGAUCUCUCCUAUACUCAACUUAAUGUGGCCAGUGGCACCAUAAAGAAGUUCUAUCAAUCGAGGAAGAGCCAAAGAACGAUGACGGUGGUAGUAAUGGGGAACAAGAUUCCUCUGUAUGGAAGUGGGGCAGGUUUGAGCAGUUCGACGGGGAAAUUAACGGUGCCGGUGCCGUUGAAACUGAGUUUCACGGUUCGAUCAAGGGCUUAUGUUCUAGGCAGAUUGGUUAAACCAAAGUUCUACAAGACGAUCGAGUGCUCCGUAGUUCUUAAUCCAAAGAAGCUCAACGUUCCUAUCUCGCUGAAGGAUUCGUGCACAUACACUUAGGGAUUGAGUAAAAUCUGAGAAGAGUCCAGUGAUCAUCAUCAUCAUCAUCAUGGGAAAAGAGAUCACGGAAGAGAACAGAACAGAACAGAAAGGAUCUGGUUUAUAUUUAUUUAAUUAUUUUGCUAGUUGUGUUGUUGUUUCACAUUGUAGUCGGAGGAAUUUCUGAUCUUACUUAGAAAAGCGAAACGAAGGUGGAGACAGCUAGACGGGCAAGGGUGGAGUGACGUGGCUUAGAUUGCCCGCAUUGCCCGAAAGACAGCUGGGGAUUCGGGGGUGACUUUUUGGUUUUUGCUGUUAAAUAUUUAAUGUUGUUUAUUAAAUUAAAUUAAAUACUACAAUAAUUCAUUAAUAAGUUGUAUACUAGUGGCUUAACAGUUUUUACUUGCUUA